AUGCAACAGAUCUGCACUGAAGGUUACACGGAUAGGCUAGCAAUAUUUAAGGAGUUCAUUCAAAAUGCCGAUGAUGCUCGAGCAAAUGUAGUAAAAUUCCUUUAUGAUAAUCGAUCGAAUUUACAAUGGACUACACAUUUAUUGGAACCAUCUUUAGUACAAUUCCAAAGUCGAGCCCUUUGGGUAUAUAAUGAUGCUGUAUUCACUGAAAAUGAUUUUCAAAAUUUGAUCAGACUUGGUGAAGGAACAAAAGUGAAUGACUUAGAUAAAAUUGGAAAGUUUGGAUUAGGAUUCAAUUCUGUCUACAAUGUAACUGAUUUACCUAGUUUAAUCAGUCAGCAAACAUUAAUCAUGCUUGAUCCACAUUGCAAAUACCUAGGAAAAUAUGGUAAUGGCGGUAUACGUCUUGAUUUCACACCAUCACAACGAACAAUGCUUCGCAGUUACAAAGAUCAGUUUGAACCAUAUAGUGGUAUUUUCGAUUACAGUGUUUGUGAACUUGUUGAUGAAUCAUUUAACGGAACAUUAUUUCGACUUCCAUUACGCACAAGUGAACAAGCCAAAGAAAGCUUACUAAGUAACACCGUUUAUGAACAUCAUGAUAUGCUUGAAUUAUUAAAUAUGUUAGUUAAACGAGGUAGUCAGUUAUUAUUGAAUACUCAAAAUGUGUGUAAAAUCGAGUUGUAUGAACUUACAUCACAAAAAGAAAAGCCGAAAUUGAUGUGCACAUUUCUGAAAGAACCUGUUCGUUAUCUUCAACAGUAUGACCUUACUAAGUAA